CAUUAGCUUGACAAACAGCCUGAUCUCUUGUCUUUCAGGUUGUGCUCGAUUCGUUACAAAAAGUCGAGUUAAUUUACGUUUCUGUGAACACUUGCGGCUGUAAUUCAACUACCAAACAUGGUAGUUAGCUUUGCGUCAACUCGUGAAUCGACUGAACUCGUCAAACUGACCUAAAGGAGAAGAAGACCUUUUGUCGCUACGUUAGCUUCAGGAUGGACAGCUGAACGCUAACAGGAGAAGAAGCUAAAUGUCCAUGUCAGCUUCAUUUUACACAAUGAAGAAUUGUGAGUACCAGCAGAUAGAUCCACAGGCGCUGUCUGUGUCGCCGCUGUCGGCGCAGAACCACACCGAGAAGAAGGCGCAGCGGCCGCGGAGAAAAUGGGAAGUGUUCCCGGGGAAAAACAGGUUUUUCUGCGAYGGGAGACUCAUCCUAGCCAGGCAGAACGGCGUCCUUCCUCUGACACUGGGUCUCAUUGUUGUCACUUGUGGCCUUUUCUUUGCAUUCGAUUGCCCAUUCCUGGUGGAGCAUUUGACCGUUUUUAUACCUGUGAUAGGAGGGGUGCUCUGCGUGUUYGUAGUCCUCUCCCUGCUGAGAACCAGCUUUACAGAUCCAGGCAUCUUACCCAGGGCCACAGCAGAUGAAGCUGCAGACAUAGAGAGACAGAUAGAUACCUCAGGAUCCUCUACAUAUCGCCCCCCACCUCGAACCAAGGAGAUCCUCAUCAACCAGCAGGUGGUGAAGCUCAAAUACUGCUUCACUUGUAAGAUGUUCCGCCCUCCUCGGACCUCCCACUGCAGUCUGUGUGACAACUGCGUUGAACGGUUUGAUCACCACUGCCCAUGGGUGGGGAACUGCGUGGGAAAACGCAAUUACCGCUUCUUCUACAGCUUCAUCAUCUCGCUGUCCUUCCUGACGUCUUUCAUAUUCGGCUGCGUCGUCACGCACAUCACCCUGCGUUCUCAAGCAGGYAAAAGCAUCGUCCAAGCCAUUCAGGAGAGUCCUGCCAGUGUGGUGGAGUUGGUCAUUUGUUUCUUUUCCAUCUGGUCCAUUCUGGGCCUCUCAGGCUUCCAUACCUACUUAGUAGCCUCCAAUCUCACCACAAACGAAGACAUUAAGGGGUCCUGGUCAAGUAAAAGAGGCRCAGAGGAUUCUGGGAACCCGUACAGUCACAACAACAUCGUAACCAACUGCUGCGUGACAUUAUGUGGCCCCAUGCCGCCGAGCCUGAUCGACAGAAGAGGUUUGGUUCCUCCCGACGGAGCGAUUACGGCCGCUCCAGCCUCGGAGAUGGAGCUGCUUCCUUUCGCAACCAAGAACGAUGUGAACAUGUGCACUCGGAGCACAAAGGACGUGCUGGAGAGGAUGGUCAACUCCUCGGACUUUCACGGGCUGUGCCCCGCGGGGACCCCGAAGACCGCCCCCCUGGUCCAGGAGGUUCCCGCCGGCGCCUCCGCAGAGCCUUCCUCGCUGUCCGCCGCCGGCUGCUCGCGGCAGCUCCACCGCCAGGCCGCGGCUCGYCUUUGCCUCCCGCUCGGCAAACGCGGCCGGAGGGACUCGCUGCACUCCAUCAACCCGGCCUUCCGCCUGGCGUCGCCGUCGCCGUCGCUCAGCCGCAGCACUCUGGUUGUGGGCGAYGCUCCCAGCCUCGGUUUCAUCCCGCCUCACUGGGGGGAGUCCUGAYGCUCCGGCUGCCCCUGCUGCUGCUUUCUCACCUGCUCUGGAUACAAACUGACUUUUCUUCUUAGUGUUGGUCUCGAUGCAUGGGUGGGUGUWUUUGUGAGGACUUGUGGUUGAGUCGUGUCACUUGAAAGCACAAUAGAGAUAUAUUUUUUUAAUUUAUUUGUAAUUGUUUGGACACUUUGAGCAUCCCUCUCCACCUUCAGCAGAAAAUCUUAUGCAAACUAAGGAUUAAAUUAACCAAGAUUUUUGACUCUAAAUGCAGUCCAGACAUUUUAAACCUCAUGUCCUCUUUUUUAAAUUUGUUUUUCCCAUCAUCAUCAUCAUCAUCAUCAUCAUCAUCAUCAUCAUCAUCAUCAUCUGAAUCCAUUUAAGAGAAACAGACUGGCGACAAAUAAGUUGUUUUAUUUUGAAGGGAAUGAAACUUUUCUGCUGUUUGGAGCUCUGCAUGUUUAUUUUUAGUGUCAUGCUUUCAUCAGAGCUGUCUUAUUUUUUAGAAACCUAACUGGAUGCAAAUAUUUCAAGUAGAAAUGGAUUUGUUACAUUUUAGAAAUCAGCACGUGUGUGUUUUAAACAAAAGUUAUGAAGACCCAUUUCCUGCUUUGUUUGGUUCUGGUUCCUCUCAGCCUUCGUGAAUGUUUAAUUCAUGUUGAGGACGACUGUGAUGCUCCUUAAACAUCAAACUUUUUUUUGUUGGUUUUGUUGGUUUUUGUGUGUGACAGAGCUUGUUUUUUUUGUCAGAGUAAACAUUGAUUUGUGCCACCAGGGGGCAGGAUGUGAAUCUCAAAUCAAGUUCAGUCUGUAGUGCUUUAGGAGAAUUGCCUUUAUUGUUUGAGUGUUUCUGUUUUUGUGUUGAAUCUGAGCUCAGAAACUGUAUAUAAUUUGUGCAUUUGCCACAUUUGUGUGUCUGCAGCGAGACCUGUAGGUUGUGUCGAUGAUUACAAGCAGCGCUUGAAUUUAAAGGUUUGGAUUUUUGUAGUUUGACAAAGAAACUGUAACGUUUGGUCAAUAAAUGACAAACUUUGUUGGGA